AAAAUGUUUACGAGACAUUUUGCAAGCGCAAGAGAUCCAAAUUACAUUUUUAAAUAUAUAAACGGUCUCAGGAUUUCCGUAACUUAUAAGGUCGCGUCAAAUGUUUAUGUUACGGAUGGGUUUGCAUUGUUGCUAAAUAUUGCAUCAUGAUUCAUCUACGCAUCACUACGCAUGUACGGCGACUCUUAACCAUGGCUGCCACUACGAAAGGAUUGACGCGCGUUUUGAAACGCGCACUUCGCGCGAACGUAAUCGCGUUUCGCGCGAUGAUGAGUCAUCCCACGUGACUCAUGCUACUUGUCAACCGCGGGACUCUAUGAUUCCGUUUGCUAUUAGCGAAUGCAUGUCUAUAUACGUGUGCAUAUAUAUACAUACACAUGGACGAGGAAAGAACAACAGAACACCAAUUAGAAUCAGCUAUUUGGGCAACAAGAAGGCUUUUCGAAUUUAAACCAUUACCUGGACUCGAUCCGAAUCUUCAUCAUUGGGAAUACUUGCGAGCACAGCAAGAAAUCGAUUGCGAUGAAGUGUAUCCCGGAAUAUACAUUGGCAACGGUACUACAGCAAAAAACAAGAGAUAUCUUAAAACGUUAGGCAUAACACAUAUAUUGAACGCUGCCGAAGGAAAACGAUUUGGAUUUGUAAAUACCGAUAGUAAUUAUUACGCAGACACGACGAUGAAGUAUCUCGGUUUACCAAUUAAAGAUCUGCCUACUGCAGAUAUUAGUGAAUACUUUCACGUAACAGCAAGUUUUAUUGACGAAGCGCUAACCAGAGGAGGCAAAGCGUUUGUGCACUGCAUGCAAGGUGUAUCCCGGAGUGCUACGUGUGUUAUCGCAUAUUUAAUGAUAAAAAAGAAUAUGUUAGCGGUCGAUGCUAUUAACUUGCUUCGCACAAAUCGAGAUAUUCAUCCAAAUAGUGGCUUCCUUCGACAACUGGCACACUUGGAUAAUCAGUUACGUAGGCAAAGACGUUUGCAACAUCGUUGAACCGCGAAAAUUCCGUGUAAAUGAUGAUAUAUUUUCAUCAUAUCUUUCCAAAUAAUUAACGUAAAGUAGUACAUAGACGAGAUUGUAUAAAUAUAUAAUGUGAGAUAUGUAGAGUAUAUAUAUAUAUAUAUAUAUAUACUUCAUAAAUUUAUGUAUAGUAAAUUAAAAAUGUAUGAAGAAGUAACUUUGUGUGCGAUAUUACAAUAAAAUUCUAACGAACAAUU